AUGAAGCCAAGGUUUCCAUCUUCAUCAUUGGAACAAGCAACAGCAAGUGAUCAGAUAUUCAAUGGUAAAUCGGGUGGGCACGACACUGCCAACAGGCACUGCAUGACUUGUGGGCACCUCAGUUGUUUCCAUGGCCGGUUAUUCCCGAAGUCAUCUAUCCAUUUCAUGUUUUCCCCUCAUGCACUCCACUGGCUCUCAAAGGUGCCUGAAGAGUUGUUGGACAAAAACUCCCCUGCAUGGAACAGGGGAAGGAUUCACUACACAAGUGGCCCAGAAGAAGUAAGCCAUGCUUAUGCAGCUCAAUUUGAGCAUGACAUGGAGAUCUUUUUGAGUGCGAGAGCUAAGGAACUUGUGUUUGGAGGGAUGAUAGUGCUCCUCAUUCCAGCUCUCCCAACUGGGAUCCCUACUUCUCAUAUCCCAAUUGGUAUUAUGUUCGAUCUUCUGGGAUCAAGCCUCAUGGACAUGGCCAAGGAGGGAUUAAUUAGUGAAGUUGAAGUGGACUCCUUCAACUUGCCUAUUUAUGCAACCUCCCUGGAGCAAAUGACAAGCCUGGUUGAAAGAAAUGGGUAUUUAAUCAUUGAGAGAAUGGAGCUAAUGGACCCUACAUCAAAGCAUGUGGCAGUCAGUGGGAAGGACUAUACAAUGAACUUUAGAGCUGGCAUGGAGGGGAUUUUUGGCGAACAUUUUGGAAGUGGGAUUAUUGAUGAAGUGUUUGAUAGGCUUUACAAGAAAACUACGGAGUUCUCCCACUAGCUGGAAUCCAGCCACAAAGA